AGAGACAGUCAUACAAUUAAAUCCCUUUCUGCUUGAUUAUUUCUGCAGCCAUAUAAAUUCCCUUCUGCUUGAUUAUUUCUGCAGCCAUAUAAAUUCCCUUCUGCUUGAUUAUUUCUGCAGCCAUACGUAUACAUCUUCAUUUUCAGUAGUGUGCGUACAACUUCAUUAUGGGGUGUUCGGACGUAAGCAUGCUGCCGAAAGACUGCAUUUCCGCAAUUCUCUCCCUCACCUCCCCGGCAGAUGCUAGCAGAUCUGCCAUGGUGUCGGCGGCAUUCAGAUCGGCGGCAGAUUCCGACCUUGUUUGGGACAAAUUCCUUCCUUCUGAUUACCGGCAAAUACUGUCCAGAUACUUCACCACCACUCCCUUGAAAUUUUCUUCAAAGAGAGAGCUCUAUUCCCUUCUGUGUCAUCCCAACCCCAUUGAUGCCGGCAACAAGAUUCUGAGAUUAGAGAAAUGGACAGGCAAGAAAUCUUAUAUUCUGUCAGCAAGAGAACUUUCCAUUGCAUGGGGAAAUGACCCAUUGUAUUGGUGCUGGAAGUCCAUACCCCAAUCAAGAUUCCCAGAGGCAGUCGAACUCAGAACAAUAUGUUGGCUAGAGAUCCAUGGCAAGAUCAAAACCCAAAUGCUAUCACCCAACACAACUUAUGGAGCCUAUCUCAUACUCAAAAUCUCCAACCGGGCCUUCGGGCUCGACUCAAUACCUUCUCAGGUUUCUGUCGAGGUGGGAAACAUUGCGUCCACCGGCGCGGCGUAUCUACGCCGCCACGACGACCAAAAAGGGCAGAUGGAGGGGCUGUUUUACUCAAACCGCAUGCAGAUGUUAAGGUCAAGGGUGGUGAGUGGUGAUGGAGUAGUGCAAAAAAUGGCUUGUGAAAGAGAAGAUGGGUGGAUGGAGAUAGAGCUGGGAGAGUUCUUCAUCAAUGGUGAUGAAGGUUGUGAUGAGGUGAAGAUGAGUUUGAUGGAGGUAAAGGGUCAUCAUUUGAAAGGUGGACUCAUCAUAGAAGGCAUUGAAGUGAGGCCUAAAUAAAUUAACAGCAUAAAUGAUGUAUGCAUAUAUGCUUUUGUUAUUUUUCAUGUUUUUGUGUAUGUGGGGUUUAGCUACUUGAUUCUUUUUGUAUAAAUUAAUCAGGAGUUUUCUUCAC